UACCUGUACACUUCACAGGCUUGUGUCGCGAUGUGCGAAGCUGUUAUAAGGCGAGGCGCUGCGAGGACCCGUCAUUCUUGUCCCAGGAUCUGCACUGUCCACAUCUCACCUCAGCCACCUGUCCGCCCGUCCCCUCCAGGUGGUCCGAUGAUCUUCCCUGCUUUGUCCUUGCUACUGCUCCAGCUGGCUGCGCGGGGGACGUCAGCUAAGGCUAAGCAAAACGCCUCACCCUCACCAAGACUGAGUCCGCUAGCUGAGGAGGUGAAGUGGUCGGCCUCCUGCUCCCCGCGCGUGGCCUUAUUGCGGCCCAACCAGGACGCGAUGCUGGCCUGCGAGAUGUACGCCCCCAGCGGCACCUCCCUCGUGUGGCUCAAGAACGAGAACCAGAUCCUCCCGCAGACUAAGGCGCCCCAACGCUUCCUGUCACUGUUGCCUGAUGUCGCUGUCUCCAGAAAGGGUCGCCGACGAAGUGUUCCAUACUUGCAUAUUUCCACAGAUGUUUAUAUAGACUGUGCCUCCUCCAAGAACCAGGGUUACUACUCUCUGAAGCUUACCACGCCCUCACGACGUGUCUACACGCGCAACUUUACCGUCAUCCUUACAGGGGACAGAGCAAACCCCGCUUUGAGCUGCUACCUGGGCCAUAGGAGAGUGGAGCAGAUCCCUCGUAUUUGGCAGUACGCCCGCCGCGCACAAGGGAAGCACGGCGAGAGUGUGUUGCUGCCGUGCCGCGUGCUGGAGCGAGGCGUGAACACUACCACAACCUGGUACUUCCGCGACAAACGACUCGUGCCUGGUUUCAACGGCCACAAGUAUCAGGUCCAGCCUUCCGGGGACUUGUUGGUGCUUGAGAUGGAGCCGAAGGACGCCGGGCUGUAUACUUGCACCGUGCACAACACACUUAUGCCCUACCUGUUCGACCGCGUGCACACCUGGCUCAUGAUGCCCAAGGGCAGGCCAACCGCGCCCUAGGUGGGACCAGGUGGUGGUGUAGGUGGUAGUGAUGAUAGUAGCAUUCAUAUUAAUACUAAUGCAUAUAGUAAUACUCGUAAUAAUAUAGUAGUAGUAGUAGUAGUAGUAGUAGUAGUAGUAGUAAAAAGACUAUUUGCCACAGGAACACACAUGGUGGACUUACUGUCACCAGUCAAUCACGCGUGGCAAAUGGUGAGUGGGCGUUUCACCUGUACACACCUGUGGAGGGUGGUGACCCUCUUUGUCGUGUACCGCCCCUGUCCGCACUGCAUGUGUCUGCCGCUCACUCCUGCACCGCCACUGCUUGUGUCUCGCGGGUUACCGCCUCCUCGGGAUAACGCGACGAGGCAGCGCGUGGAUGUAAAACUGUUGUAAUGCGCUAUGUCUGUGUGAAAGUCUUUGGACCUCAUGAAACUCAUCCAUCCAGCCAUUGUUAGGGAUACCCAGGAUAAUACUGUAUUGCGUUUGGCUAUCCUAGCAUGUUCUAAUCUGACUCGAGCUAAGUGACCGAACAUCACAUUCCUCAUCCUUAAAGCAGCUACGAUGGCUGAUCCUCGUGUGAUCCCAGCAUUUUUAUUUAUCUCAGUAAAUAGAAUAGAUGGGCAGAAUGAAUAGCCGUACUCUACGAUAGCUGUACGAUGACACAUGACUGAAGGUAGUUGUUCACUUGUGUUGUACGUAAUAUUUCAGGAGCGUUAACUCUUUCACGCCAUAUGACUCAUGGUCUGAAUAGGAAGCGUUGCUCGUCCUCUGGCCAGGCGUGCACGUAAGAGCUGAAGUCCUCUUAAUCACCAGCCACUCUGAGAUAUUUCUUCAAGUUCCACAGGAAGGUCUGAACAUUAUACUGGCUAGAUGAUGAAAAAACUUAUUAUUUUAAUCACUUUUCUAUCUUGUCGGUGCUUGCGGAAAGUUUGUGCGGCUCUUUUAGUGCAGUAGAUUAUUAAUAUCGCAGUGAAGAGGUUGCCAGUUUUUAGAUUAGCGAACGAUUACUUUAACUAUACACUGGAAGUGCCCCCUCGUACACACUGUGCUUGUAGACACCCGUGGCAGCCUCACCAGCGAUAAGCAAGACUCUCCUGAUGCUUUGCUUUGGUAGUUUAACCCUAUUACUGCUAAGGCCAUCUUUUAGAUUAGCGAGCGAGUAUCGUAACUAUCCACUGGAGGUCUCCCCUCGCCGUGUGUUUGGAGACUCGCGGCAGCCUGGGCAGUGACAGCCGACAUGUUCCUCGCUGUGGUAGUCUAUCCCUGCUGCUGCUAUGACCACCUCUCCUAAACCUUCCUAGCACUGUAAAGACUGUUUGCAUGGAGACACAGGAGAGAAUAGAGGGAAACUAGAAAGAUGAUUUUGUCUUACGCUAUAAAACUAUUCAGAAGAGUUUACUCUAAGAACAGUGGCUCAAAAGUUAAAGGUAUUAGAGGAAAUAUCUGUCUAUUAGUGAAGGGAAGCAGAAAGUUAAUUUUGUCCUUUUAUGUUACAAUACCAUUAAAGAGAGUUCACAACGAGAAUAGUGUCUCGGAAGUUGUAAAUUUAGGUAUUAAAUGUAAUAUUAGUCUAAGUAUAUUAAGGAUAUUAAGGAUAUUAUUAGUCUAAGGAUAUUCUGAAACACUUCUGCGCCGCAUCUCAACUGCAUUCGAAAGGCUCUACUCGUAUUUGAAGUGACUCGUGCCUUCAAGGGCGUUUUUACGGUAUUAGUGGCAGAUUAACAAGAUUUCUACAUCAGUAACUGGAGAAACAGUCCUGAGAACCCGGCUAAUCGUCUCUGUGGC